UGUAAGGACGGUGUGUUUUCUUAUUUGGACAGGAUUCACUAGCAUCCCUAAAAAGCUGAACUUUGUCUGUUAAGGACGAGGAUGAUACGACGAGGGCUGUUGAGCUGGGUUUCUCGGGUGGGAAUCCUACUUGUGAGCCUUUGUUGCCUUGUGUGUCUUUUGUACAUGUUCUCUUGUGCUCCUAGAGCUGAAAACAAACAUCUUAUAGUGUCAAGAGUUAAUAGCCCAACAGGAAAAGAAGGGUACCAUGCUGUGCUGCAAGAAUGGGAAGAAGAGCACCUUAACUAUGUAACAAGCCUGAAAAAACAAAUUGCCCAACUAAAAGAUGAACUUCAAGAACAUAGUGAGCAACUAAAAAGUGUUCAGGGUCAUUCCAGUGACCCUCUGGGUGUUAGCUUUGACCAUGGAAGCCCAGAGAAGACACAAAAUGAUUUGAUAGACUUUCUGCGCUUGCAGAUCACAAAGGCUGAGGUGCUUAAUGGGGUGAAGAUUCCCAAUGAGUAUGCAGCAAUUCCAUUUGACAGUUUUACGCUUCAGAAAGUUUACCAACUGGAAACAGGACUGACACGGCACCCAGAAGAGAAGCCAGUAAGGAAAGACAAAAGAGAUGAGCUUUUAGAGGCGGUAGAAGUUGGUGUGGAAGCCCUUAAUAGCCCUGAUGAAAAAAGCAACUCCCACAGACGCGUAUAUUCAUCAUCUGAUUUUAUUGAAGGCAUUUAUAGAACAGAACAAGAGAAAGGCACAUUGUAUGAAUUAACUUUCAAAGGAGACAGAGACCAGGAAUUCAAACGUGUUGUUCUUUUCCGGCCAUUUGGACCAGUCAUGAAGGUCAAGAAUGAGAAGCUCAACAUGGCCAAUGUGAUUGUAAAUAUCAUUGUCCCCUUGGCAAAAAGAGCUGACAAGUUUCAGCAGUUCAUGCAUAACUUCAGAGAUGUGUGUAUUAACCAAGAUGGAAGAAUCCACCUCACUGUCGUAUACUUUGGAAAAAAACAGGCCCAAGAAGUUAAAGCCAUACUUGAAAAUACGUCUAAGACUGCAAACUUCAAGAACUUUACAUUUAUUCAGCUGAAUGAAGAAUUCUCCCGUGGAAAAGGAUUAGAUGUUGGAGCACGAGCCUGGAAAGGCAAUAAUGUCCUUCUGUUUUUUUGUGAUGUAGAUAUUUAUUUUAAUGUAGAAUUUCUUAACACUUGCAGAGUAAACACACAGCCAGGAAAGCGUGUCUUCUACCCUGUGCUUUUCAGUCAGUACAACCCAGCUAUAAUUUAUGGACAUCACAAUGCAAUUCCAUCCAUUGACCAGCAACUGGUUAUCAAAAAGGACACUGGAUUUUGGAGAGACUUUGGCUUUGGAAUGACUUGUCAGUAUCGUUCAGACUUCAUUAACAUUGGGGGAUUUGACAUAGAUAUCAAAGGAUGGGGAGGAGAAGAUGUUCAUCUAUACCGAAAGUACCUUCACAGCAACUUGAUUGUGAUCAGAACACCUGUCAAAGGUCUCUUUCACCUCUGGCAUGAAAAAAAAUGUAUGGAUGAAUUAACUCCAGAACAGUACAAGAUGUGCAUGCAGUCAAAAGCUAUGAAUGAGGCAUCACAUGGGCAGUUAGGCAUGUUGGUCUUCAGACAUGAAAUAGAAGCACAUCUUCGCAAACAAAAAACAAAGAGUUAGUCCAAAGAAGUCAUGAUAUUCAAACAAAAUGCCUAAUGUUCAAGAACAAUAUUAUCUCUCUGAACCAAUGGUGAUUGGCUUGACAGCAUUGUUAUGUUUUUAGGCUUCCAAAUGAUGGUACCCAAAUGCUUUUGACAUCAAAUCACCAAGAACAGAAAAUGUCAAGAUUGUCAUUAAAUAAAUAAAUAGUGGUUUUGAUGGUA